CCGACAGAGCGCGGUCGACGGAGGGGGUUCGCGCCCCCGCUCCCCUGCCCGGGAGAAGCCGUCCUUGCCCCGAGCCCGUCGUCCUGUUGGGACCCGCGUCGUUCGCAGCCGCCGACGGGGAGACGAGACGGGUGGCGCCAUGCUCUGACUCGCCUGCCCGCUUUUUGUACUCGUGUGAACGGAGAACGGAGCGCCUUUCUUGCCCCCUCCCUUCCCAAACCACCCCCCGUAGCUCCCCAGCCAUGCCCGAGCCCGCGCCCCGGUGUCCCGCGGGCGGCCUGCAGGUCUUCGCUGGCCGGCUCCCCGAGGCCCCCCGUCUCCGAGGCCCCCCAUCGAGGCAUGCCCGGGAAGCGCUGAGAGGAUGCCAGCGGCGGAGGACGGGCCGCUGACCGGGGACUCUGGGCAGAGAACUGCAUUUCAGUGCAGAAGGAUUCAAGGAAGCUGAAUAACCAGACUGUCGGCACACGUGUCCCCCCUCCCCCCCACAAUGUUGCAUAAGAUUUUUCCCCCUUCUACCUCUUGGAGGAUUCCGGAGCUGCCCGUCAAAUGUUCUGUGGAUACGAUGCCAAAAGAUCUCCAAAUGAUUUUAUAGUUUGACCCAAUGAUUCUUCCGGAUAUUUAUUUCUCUCUUCAAGAAUAAAGUGCACAGUCCAGAUCCUGGUCACUGGCAGAUAACUUUAUUUUAAGAUCAUGGACCAUUUUCCUAGGGAGAAAGAUGAAAGGCAAAGAACAGGGAAAGGAAAUCCGGGGAGAAGCUCCCGAGCAUCAAGUUCCACGUCCAGUUCUGGCGUUCUUAUGGUCGGUCCCAACUUCAGAGUGGGCAAGAAGAUAGGCUGUGGCAAUUUUGGAGAGCUCAGGUUAGGCAAAAAUCUGUACACAAAUGAAUACGUAGCAAUCAAACUGGAGCCAUUAAAAUCCCGUGCCCCACAGCUGCAUUUAGAGUAUAGAUUUUAUAAACACAUUGGCUGUACAGAAGGCUUCCCCCAGGUAUAUUACUACGGGCCCUGUGGAAAGUACAAUGCCAUGGUACUUGAACUCCUUGGUCCGAGUCUGGAGGAUUUAUUCGACCUCUGCGAUAGAACAUUUACUCUGAAGACCGUCUUAAUGAUAGCCAUCCAGCUGAUCACUCGAAUGGAAUUGGUGCACUCAAAGAACCUCAUUUAUCGAGAUGUCAAGCCAGAAAACUUCCUCAUCGGCCGGCAAGGAAACAAGAAAGAGCAUGUCAUCCACAUAAUAGACUUUGGGCUGGCCAAGGAGUACAUUGAUCCGGAAACACAAAAACACAUCCCCUAUCGGGAACACAAGAGUCUAACAGGAACUGCCAGAUACAUGUCUAUCAACACACAUCUUGGCAAAGAGCAAAGCCGGCGAGAUGACCUGGAAGCCCUUGGCCAUAUGUUCAUGUACUUCCUUCGAGGCAGUUUGCCGUGGCAAGGCCUUAAGGCUGAUACACUAAAAGAGAGAUACCAGAAGAUUGGGGACACAAAGAGGAACACUCCAAUUGAUGUUCUCUGUGAGAACUUCCCAGAGGAGUUGGCCACUUACCUUCGCUAUGUCAGACGAUUAGACUUCUUUGAGAGGCCAGACUACGAUUACCUUCGGACAAUCUUCACAGAGUUAUUUGACAAGAGAGGAUUCAUCUUUGAUUAUGCUUACGACUGGGUUGGCAGGCCAAUUCCCACUCCUGUGGGACCCAUGCAUGUAGAGUCGGGGCCAUCCGUCACCAGAGAGAGCCACAUGUUUAGAGAACGAGCAUCAAUGCAGCCUCAACGAACUCAGGUGAUCAGCUCCACCAACGGUGAGUUGAACAUUGACGAGCCACCGGGCGUCCCCUCCAACACCCAAAUUGCAGAGCGUGCCGAGGUGGAAGUAGUGGAGGAAGCUAAGUGCUGCUGCUUCUAUAAGAGGAAAAGGAGGAAGUCUUCCCAGCGCCACAAAUGACAGGCGUCUCCUUGAGGUCUUUGGGGGACUUGGUUUACCUGCAGUUCCUGCCACGUCUUAUUGAAUGGGGCUCCUCUCGGGGAGAGGACGAGAAACAAGGGACAUCUUAAACCAAAAAGAGAGAGAGAGAGAGGAAAAGGGGGCAGAAUUCCAAAAUAAACACUCAGGUGGACUCCCUAAUCGGUCUCCCUUGCUGACUUGCCCACUUGAGGCUCCCUUUCAAAUCAGGAUUGCAUCCUCUCGGGCAGCAGUUGCCCUUGCUGGAAGGAUUGGCUGGCUGGCUGGCUACCUUCCCCUCUGUACAACAGUUCGGCAAGGGAGGGGGGCGUUCCUGGUGAAUGUGCUUUGUGGCUCCUCCUCCCUUCUGUUUGUUCUUUUUUGCGGGGGGGGGGGUUCUCGACGUGAUUCCCCUCCCGCACCCACCACCACCGACAGAGGAGCUUGAUUGACUGUGGGGCCAAGGCAGCAGUGACAGCGGUGGACGGACGACGCUCUCGGGUGGCGGCAAGGCCUUGUCCUCUGACGCGCUUAGUUCAGGUUGCAGUCGCAACUUUGGCCUGAUCCUCCUCAAUCGCCCUCCCGCAAAUUCCAUGGCAGUAAGAGCAAUUGCAAUCUUCCAGUUGCCUUGAUUUUACUGGUUUCUAUGAUGUCUCCUUUUUCAGAAUGGUUAUGGAGAAGUGUUGAUUGUCCUAAUGGAACUGUGGUUGUCGUUGCACUUUUUACUUUUUUUUAGCAUUGUGUAUGCUUAUGAUAUAAGGGCAGGGGGAGGUCCCCCCCUCUCCUCUUGGGUAUGAAUGAUGACUGAACACCCCUGCAGCUUGUAUUUGGCAAGUGCAAAGCUCUCCCCUUCACUGAGUCCGUCUGCACCAUUUGGAUUCCCUUAGGAGGGCUCUGGAAUUUCUAGACCCUACCGUUUUGGUUGUGCACUGAAGCUUACUUGAAUUUUCAGCUGCCCUCUCUGGCUGGCAGCGGACACCCCCUCUUAAGUGGUUUUCCUCCAAUGGUGCCUGACCUCAGUUGCUUGGAAUUGCGGAAGCCAUUCUUCUGGCACAGGGUGGACAGAAGUCAGCUGGGCACAGAGAUGCAAAUACCAAUUAUAUCUUUGAGCGCAAGACCAGGCGUUUUAGAUAGCAGCAGGCACAGGGGCUGCGCUGGGGCGGGGCUCCCAUCGCUACUUAAGAUUCCAUCUCUACUCAGACCUGGCUGAGGUUUUAGGCACCCCAGAAGAGCAUGGCAAGGAAUUGGGCACCUUGCAUUCACUGAAUAGCUGGCACCCCAAGUGAGAUCUUGUAAGCUUUCACAGUGCUGUUUUGUAUAUGGUUCAGGAUAAGUAUGGAAAAUUUGGGAGCUUGUCCUGAGAGGCCUGGAGUGCUACACGUUGAAAAUACUUACUCAGAAGGGGGCUUCAGGACUCGGUGGCAACGCCACAUUUGAGUUUGCUGAAUAACUCUUCUGGCUCCUCGGAAAAGAAGAUGCCUCCACAAUCAUGGCCCUCUCUGACUUGUUGGGAGAAAUGACUCCUUGCUCUUCUGAAUUCUACAUCCUGAGCCAAAUGGCAGACUUGCCUCCCUCCCCUUUCCCAGAGACUUGCACAUCCAGAGAUUUUCCUGUUUGGCAAGGGGCAUUUUUCCUGUGCUUGCCGUUUAGCUUAGAACAUUCAUUCUUCUUUGGUUAUUGAUGAUAAAACUUGGGGGGAAAUAGAAGUUUGAGCCUCACAGUUCAUUCCUUAAUCCUCUAGAGCCGUUUGCAGAAGUAAGCCUUUCUUUCCAUUUUUGCCAUAGGAAAUCACGGCCUGAUCUUUUGAGGAGAGAUGCAGAAAUCUUUCAAGGAAAUUUCAGCCGUGUAUGAGUUCUGCUCUGCCAAGUGCAGCCAAAUGAGUGCUGCUCUCUCACAAUCCCUCCACUUAAGUGCCUGGCACUUGAAUUUGAAGAAGAAACUCUUCUUCCACUCUAUUUACACAUUCUCGUUCUUCUCCAUCAAGGAGUAACUUAGACUUUUACCCAUGUUUUGUAAUCUCCAUUUUAAGCGCUUCUUUUGGGAGAAAUAGGUGACUGUUUCAUUUGAAACCUUCAUGACAAGUGGCUUUUAUAUACAAUUUCUUACCUGUUUUGCUUCUGGUCCUUUUCUCCAUUACUUGGGAGAUCUGUUUUUUUAAGUUGGGAAAUUUAACGUUGUGUAUAUGCAUGGAGGAAAACUUCAUGGUCUUCAAGCAGGCGGGUGAUUAUUGAAAUAUCCAAAGCCUGUUUUGCCUUCUAGUUGCAUUUUAGGUCUCUUCAGAGGGCAAGAAGUGUCUGGAACUAUUAGCUAGAACGUGGUGCUUGGACUCUUGGAAUAAAAUAGGAUUCAAAGGAGCCCUCACAGAAAUGGGAGAGGUUUAAUGUGGCCUGGAUCGUUUCCCAGGAUUCCCUUCUCUGCCUUUUCAUUUGGCAAGAAGCAGCAUCAGAGCAGAGCACCUGUGUCAAACUUUGGCCCAUCCCGUGCUAGGAAGUGCUUCCUUUUCGAGUUCUAACAUCUCAGCCUGCAAGUGGCCUUGGCAAAGCGGGGUGUUGUGUUUUUCUUUUUUCCUGCGAGAUGUUUCUUGCUCCUUUUCAGAGAACAGAAGAUGGUAAAAAUGCCAUUCUCCUCUUCCCUUCUCUACUACUUACCUGUUCUGAAAAGAGCGCCACAGUCUGCAAUACCACAGCUCCUUUUCUUUCUAGGCUGCCCAGUUCCAAAUCCAUGACAGUUUUUGCCUCUGAUAAUAAGAAAUCUCAUUUUAAUCUUAAUUCUCAGUGCAACUGGCAUUUCCCUCCAGUCUUAUGUGUCUUUCCAAGUGACUAAUGGCUAUACAUUCUGCUUAAUUAGCAAACUGCCUUGCUUCAAGAGCCCUGUCCAGGUUCCCUAGGAGCUGACCUGUAAAUGUCCUUUGUCCCUACGAGAAAAUAAUAGCAUAUACUCUUAGUGAAGGGCAGGGAUUGUUACUAGUCCUCUAAAAAACCUGGGCUUUCCAGGAAGCGCUUGUACAGAAUCUACCUGCUCUUUUGCCUUUGGAAAAGUAGCUUGUCCGUAUGGAGGAUAUGUAUCCCCAGAUGCAUAACGGGGGGAAUUUUAAAUGGCGUGUCUAUUGGUCAUGACCUGGAGUACACCAGCAAAGUGUCGCCUUUCUACUUGGUUUGGGAUAGACAGAUUCAUCUUGCUGCUUUCUGCUGAUUUUGAAAAGUAACACAAAUAUAAUGUGAGAGAAAUGCAUGCGUUUCACUCUUGAUUCUCAGAAUUUGUUUCACCUUGUGGCUAGUUUGGAAACCUCACUCCUAAUUUUUAGCCCUCAUUUAAAAAAAAAAAUGAACUUGCUUCCAGAAUUCUUGCUGCCAGGGAUACUUGCUGUUCAAAAUAUCCUGCCCAAUGUCUGUCUAGUUCACAACAUGCAAUUUCAAAUGAAACCUUUCCUCUUCUGUGGUCUACAAUGACUUUCAGCACAGAGGGAUGGGAUUUGUUCUUUCUACUUUUUGAGAAAUGGAACAGUGAUAGCGGUCCAUAAAUUUGUGUUCCUUUUGAGCACAUGCCCACGAUGCUGAAUGGCAAGUUAAAAGGUGCCCCAGUAAGCAUUCCAUAAAGUUGUCUAGUUUGGAGACUGACCUGUUUAAACUGCCAGUUGCUCACCUGUCUUGUGAGAUUUGUGUAAAAACACUAAGCUAUCGAAUCCCCUGCCUUCUCAGGAUAUUGCUGAAGCUUCAAAGGAAAAACGGCACAUAUACCUGCAUUGCUUAUUUUGGCCCUUGGAGAAAGAGAUUGCUUAAAAAGGUUCCUUGCUUUUAGUCUGUUGUUUUGAGGAGCAAAAUAUCUUCCUUUCCUAGCUGUUUUGCAUGGUGUCUAGUGGUUAUGGGGCUUACGGUUGCUCUAUACCUUGGCAGUUUUUCAAAAGCUGUGUUUUUGUGUUCUGCUAGUGACGGGAAUGGAACUGGUUUCUCACCUCCCUUUAAAUAGAUACGCAGUAAAUGAAGGCAAAAACAAUGAAUAAGUAUCCAUUACACCCUGUACUGCCACAUCCACGAGAAAACGUCAGUAUUUUGUACACAACUGUGUAAAGCCAGGCCUCAGGUUUGUGGGUGAACAGAGGAUGCUUCUGUGUGCUUUUGUUUUAUUGCCAGAUUUCUCGAUGUCUGCCCUAUCUCCUUGCCCUCAGCAUAAGGAAUGCAGGUAGUAGCCUCACUUGAACACUCAGCCAGGAAUUUAUUCUGACUCAUCAUCCUAGAAUACUGCACCCGUCGAGCAUGUGGCUUCCAAGAUGAACUGGGAUGCAAGCUGAGCAGGUUGCCAUUCCCUGGUUCCCAUACUUGAGUUCAUAGCAUCCCUUCCUAAUGAAAUAUAGAGCACAUGCCAAUACACAUUGAGGCAAGAAAAAGGUCUUUAACAGGCCUCUUUCCUCCUCCUCAGGCUGUCUCAGGAAAACAAUCACUCCCCCCCCCAAUAAACGCUGUUCCAAAAUACAUAAACUGCUGCAAGUGUCCUCGUGAAACCUGGCUCCAGUUGUCUUCUCUAGGUUGAAAAAGCAACUUUGGGUACAGGGGGCAACCUGCCUUUUGCAAACGGAGAGGGGAAAUGAUCAGUCAUGGGGGUAUGUGGACCGUACCAAAUAUUGCAUCUUCCCCUGACAGGGAAAUUGCAGUUUUAAGUGGCUUGUUCCCAUUGAAAACUUUGCGAAGUAUAAUUUAUUAUGUCUUUUGUUUCUUUUAAUUGUAGGACUUUGUGCUUUAAAAAACGGGGUGAUUGGGAUAAUGAGUGCAACUCUUGUUACUGUAAAAAAAUCAGCUGUGAAUCUUUUUUUAAAGUAUUUGUGUGCGCACGUCUGAUUCUUGUUGAAAUGCCUUUUGAUUUUUAAUCUCUUUUUUUAAAAUUUUAACCAUGUGAUGCAAUGUUUUAUUCGAAUAAUCCUGGCACUGCUCUUGAGACUCGCUCAGGAGUGGACACGAAGCGUAUAGUAUUUUUUAACAUGAAUGUCAAUUUCGGAAUGGGGUUCAACCAGGAUAAGGGCUUUAUACACACCUCCUGCAGGAGGCUCCUCUGGCGCUGGUUGGGGUUUCACUUUGCCAGGAACUGUAUCCUGCUACUGACCUUUCUGAUGUGCCUGUUUUGAUGGGACAUUGCAAGAAACGUUGUGUACCUUCGAUACCCUCUCCACUCCCCUGAUUGGCACCCUUUUAAUGUAAAAUAAAACAUCAA